AUGGCGACCAACGUGGCAUUCGACACCUCAAUGGGUACGUUCACCGUCGAGCUCUACAACAACCAUGCGCCCAAGACCUGCAAAAACUUCGCCACACUCGCACAAAGAGGCUACUACAACAAUGUCAUCUUCCACCGCAUCAUCCCCAACUUCAUGGUCCAGACCGGUGAUCCUACCGGCACCGGCCGCGGAGGCAGCUCCAUCUACGGCGAAAAAUUCGAGGACGAGAUCCGCGACGAGCUGAAGCACACAGGAGCUGGUAUUCUUAGCAUGGCAAACAGUGGUCCCAACACGAACGGCAGUCAAUUCUUCGUUACUCUUGCACCAACACCGUGGCUGGAUGGGAAGCAUACAAUCUUUGGUCGAGUGAAGAGCGGGAUGCGGGUGAUCCAGCGCAUGGGUCUCGUCAAGACCAAGGGAGAGGACCGGCCUGUGGACGAGGUCAAGAUAAUCCGGGCAAGAGUCGUGGAAGAAGGGGCAGAGGAGUGA